AUGGAUUCUGUACUAUCAAUAAAUAAUUAUUGUGAUACACUUAAGCAACAUGGUCAUACCAUCCCAAUAACAGAAUUAAAAUUAUUGUUUGAUGCUAUCGUUGAUGAUUUAAAUAAAAAUAAUCGCGUAUGCAUAAAUCAAGUAAUAUCUACAAUAGAUAAUAAUGUUGAUAUGUCAAAAUUAGCUGAUGGAACAUUAGUGAAUCAUGAACUUAUUUUAUUAAUUCGCGAUACAUUCAUAUCACUUUUAAACAGUAAUAAUGACAAUAAUAAUAAUGUUUUAGAACAAACAAGUAAUUUAUUUUCAAUUAUAAUAGAAAAUGUGGAUGAUACAAAUGUAGAGAUGAUUAAAAUAUUGUUUUUAAAUACAUCAUUUAUUGAAACAAUCAAAAUAGCUCUCAUUGCUAUAGCUACAAAUGGUACACAAUGUAAUAUUUUAUUAACACUAGAUAAAUUGAUAGAUGGAUUAAAAAUAUUGCAAAUUAAACAAAAAGACUUACAAGAUGAUGACGUAUUAUUAGAAUUAAUUGAACCAAUUUUGAAUAUUAUUGACUCUAUUCAUUAUGUAAAUGUGUUUAAUCAACUUCAGAUAGUACUAACUACAGACUGCGUAUCCACAUUAACUAUUGAACAAAAAUUUUUUUUAAUUACAUGUCCAGAUUAUCUAACAUAUUAUGAUGGAAAACAUUCAGAAGACAUACAAUGUAAAAUUGCACAAACCAUGUUAAAUCGUUUUUUGGAUAUAUUUAAACAAUUUAUACCAUCAGUCUCUCAUUGGAAUUCACCAAUAUUGCAAGCUAUGAGAUAUGUUUGUUGUAUAUUACAGUAUAUAUCAUUCAAUGAUCAAAUACGUCGUGAUUAUUGUGUUCAACAUUCACUAUUACUUGAUUAUAUCAUAAACAUAUUAAUUUGUAAAACAUUUGUAAACGAAAUGACAGUGAAAAAAUUUGGUACUAAUGUUAUUAGCUCAUUAAUGGUUUAUGCUCUUGUCUAUUUAUACAGUCUCACAUUUGACGGGACACUUUUAACAGUUAUUAAAGACAAACAAUUAACAAUGAGUAUUUUAAAUUUAGCAUUGACAAAUUGUAAAAGUAUACAAUUCGAUGCUUAUCGAACAUUAGCAAUGAUAAUGAAUGAAAAUGAUGUCAAAACAUUAUCGAAUACAGCAGAAAUAAUAAAAUUAUUUAUUAACUAUAUUAAAUUAUAUAUUGACAAUUUAUUACGAGAAAAAGUACUGCAAAAUACAUUAUUAAGCUUGAAAAGUCUUGUUCAACACGAACAGAUCAAAGAUGAACUUGCUAAACAUCCAGAUGGUAUACCAUUAUUAGUUCGAUGUGUUCUGGAAACAAAAUUUAAUGUUGAGCGAGUACAACAACGUGCAUUAGAAAUUUUAUGGUCAAUGACAUUCAAUGAAAAAGCUGCAAAUAUACUGACAAAUGAUCAACAUUUCAUGAAACAUGUUAAAUUGCUAUCAUCAACGUCGAAAGACGAAGGUGUACAAAAAACAGCUGAAGGUAUUAUAUGGAAAUUGGAAAAAAAAGAUGAACAUUAUUCUAUACAAUCAUUAUCGAAUAAAUAUAAAUAUGAUGUUAUGAUAAGUUAUUCACAUAUUGAUAAAAACUUAUGUUAUCAAAUACACGAACGAUUGGUUAACGAUAAAUUUUGCGUAUGGUUUGAUCGAGAUCAUUGUUAUGGUUCACAUAUGCAAGAAAUGGCAAAUGCAAUUGAAAAUGCUGAAUUUGUUUUAAUAUGUAUGUCAGAUAGUUAUAAACAAAGUGCAUAUUGUCAAUCAGAAGCCCAUUAUGCUUAUGAAAGACAAUGUCGACUAAUACCAUUAAUUGUGAGAGAAAAAUAUCGUCCUGAUGGAUGGUUAGGAUUUAUUGUAAGCGGAAAAGUCUAUAUUGAUUUUCCAAAAUUCAAUCAGUUUGAUGUAGCCUAUCAAAAGUUAUUAUCAGAAAUUAAUCAUCAUCGAAAAAAUCAAAGUCAGACUACUAAACAUCAACCAAUAACUCAUUUUAUAUCAAUAACACCACAAGAGUCCUCAAACAAUGAUAGGCAAUCAAUAAAAUUCGCCUAUUGUAUUAAAACUAAUAUUGAACUAUGGACAAUAACAGAUGUUAUUGAUUUUCUUCGUGAUCAUAAAUUUGAAUGUAUGAUACCAUUAUGUCAAAAUAUGGAUGGUAAAAAACUUUAUCGAAUGUAUAAAAUGUGCGACUCGAAUAUCGAUUUAAUGUAUCAAUCAUUAAACUCUGAAUUAAACCAAUUGCAUAAACAAGUGUUACCGUUGAAUAUUUAUCUAUGUUUUUUAGAUGAAUUAAAAAAAUAUGUACCUAUUACAUCUUCUCAACAACAAUCACUUAUAUGUAGUGUCAUGUAG